AAUUUAACACAUUAAUAAAAAUAAAACGCUCUUUGACUCCUCGCUGUGUGCGUGCUACGUCCUACGUCAUCACGUUAACCCGGUUGAGGCGGAAGUGAACACGUGCGGCAGCAGGAGGAUCACCACGCAGGCUGAGCGACCGCGACCCUUCCUCAGGAUCAGAAGUGAACCCUCAUCUUCCUCAUCUUCCUCCUCUUCCUCAUCUUCCUCCUCUUCCUCCUCUUCCUCCUCCUCCUCUUCCUCCAUCAUGGCUGUGAGAGCCUCGUUCGAGAAGAACAAUGAGAUCGGCUGCUUCGCCAAACUCACCAACACCUACUGCCUGGUGGCCAUCGGCGGCUCCGAGAACUUCUACAGUGUGUUCGAAGGGGAACUGUCAGAAACCAUCCCAGUGGUCCACGCCUCCAUAGCGGGCUGUCGCAUCAUAGGGAGGAUGUGUGUGGGUAACCGCCACGGUCUUCUGGUGCCCAACAACACGACGGACCAGGAGCUGCAGCACAUCAGAAACUGCCUGCCGGACGCCGUGAGGAUCCAGAGAGUGGAGGAGAGGCUGUCUGCUCUCGGAAACGUCGUCGCCUGCAACGACUACGUAGCGCUGGUCCACCCCGACCUGGACAGGGAGACCGAGGAGAUCCUCGCAGACAUUCUGAAGGUGGAGGUUUUCCGUCAGACGGUAGCGGAGCAGGUCCUGGUCGGCUCCUACUGCGCGUUCAGCAACCAGGGAGGCCUCGUCCACCCAAAGACGUCUAUAGAAGACCAGGACGAGCUGUCGUCUCUGCUCCAGGUUCCUCUAGUGGCCGGCACCGUGAACCGGGGCAGCGAGGUGAUCGCGGGGGGGAUGGUGGUCAACGACUGGUGUGCGUUCUGCGGCCUGGACACCACCAGCACCGAGCUGUCCGUCAUCGAGAGCGUCUUCAGACUCAGCGACUCAGCGCAGCCCUCCGCCAUCGCCACCAGCAUGAGGGACUCUCUGAUUGACAGCAUGGCGUAAGCGGUUUCCCGCCGCCGAAGAGCUUCUGCUGCGGGUCGCCUGGUCUCACACAGGAUGCCAACAAGCUGCUGGACCUCAUUUCUCAACUUAAAAACACCUCCUUCCACACAGGACAGUCCACUUUCACUCAGGAGUCAGCACUCCCACCUGCAGACAUCUUACAGGCUCAUUUUCUACUUUUUUUUUUUUUUUGGUGUUUGGUUCCCUGAAACCUCUCCUGGUUACCUCAGUCAUUCUUAAAAUCAGCUCCGGGUGAACCAGGUUCAGCUGUACACCCGCCACCCCCCCUCUAAUGUUGGCUGGGACUGGUGGAGGUGAUUUAGUGUCAGAGAGCUCACAGUUGUGGGGAUCUGGAGGUCUUUUGGUGCAGAAAUGGAGAGAGAGAAGCUCUCUGAGUUGAGGAAUCCAAUAUUUCAGCAUUUCUGGCACUAAUUUGAAUUAUUUUUUUAACCAAACAGGUAGAUUUAGAUGUUUUCUCGCAGUUCGGGGAAACUUAAAGUGACCAGUGCUGCGCUCAUUGAAAUUAAAAGUCAAAUUUAUUUUUGUGCCUGUAUCGUUGAAAAAAGUCACAAUAGGAAAAAGGUUGUGGUUGUAAUCCUGAUGGGAAACUGUUGCCUCGACAGAAUCACCUCUGUUAAUAGUUCGUCAACUCUGAAUACACACACACACACACACACACACACACACACACACACCAAACUGCCAAAUGUAUCGCCCUACAAUCUGGUGUUAGAAGGAUGAAAUUGAAAGUACUGCAGGUUUAAGAGUGACGGUGAACAACAGGCAGUCUGAUAAACACACAGGUGGAGUUCAGUGUCGGGGCUGUUGUACGUAACGUUGCUACAGAUUGAAGCAGAGAUGAUGAAUGUGAUGAUUCAAACUGUCUAACUAACCGAGCUCUGCCUCUGAACUGGUUGUUUCUUAAAGAAUGUUGUCUUGUAAAAUAAAAUAAAUCACCCUCUUUUUA